AUGUCCACAGGAUUUUCACCUCAUAAUAUGUUGGAGUGUAAAGGUUCCCAAGAGCUACAGAGAUUUGCAGACAAAAAAAUCCGCCCUGCCUCGGGUUCUCAGAGUGCUGCUUGUGUGGCUGAAAUCAGCGCCCUGCUCCAGCUGAUCCAGGGUUGCUUUCCGGUACCGACCUCCCGAGUCAUCCAGGGUGGUUCUUAUGUAAAGGGGACUGACACCCAAGGAUGCUCUGAGAUUGACAUUGUGUUGCUCAGUGAUGUGUUUGCCAGUGUGAACCAUUGCAAGAAACAACUGAGAGAAGGGUUGGAGACUCUGAGAGAAAACUUGAAGAGAACUUCACAUGGGAACAGACUUCACAGCCAUUCUUUUGAGAUCAUGGCCUACUAUGAUGUCCUGGGGCCUACACCCUCCACAGAUUUAAAACUUCACCUUUACCGCAAACUGUACCUCUGUAAUGACAGUGACGAGGCCCAGCUGUGUGCCUUGGCCCUCUUACCUUACCAAGUGGAUUUUGUCAAGGCAUCUGUCGUGAGGGUGAAGGAGCUCAGUCGUUUAAUGAUACAUUGGUUCAAGACAUCAUUUGCCAACACCACCAAGGAAAAUAAAUUCCGGAGACUUCCCUCCUCUUACACAGUGGAGCUCCUCACCAUAUACAUCUGGGAACGGGCGGAGAAGCCCCUGUUCUUCAGCCUGGUACAGGGAAUCAGGGCAGUCCUCAAACUUCUUGUUCGAUAUGCAGAAAUCGACGUUGUUUGGCACAGACACUAUCAUCCCAAGUUCCCCAUUUUUGUAAAGGUUAACCAGAAGCACACAAGGUAA